AUGGCGGAAAACUGGAUCAUGGCCGUACGAUCAAACUACCAAAAGCAUCCAACGGUCGUUGUCUCUCUAAACUGCAAGACAAAGCCUCAAGAUCAUCAUCAUCAUCAUCACCCAAUGAUCAUCAACUCUCUCACCCGCAACAGAAUCGUUACUCUGCAACUAUGCGUAGAAACCAAAUGCCUCGUUCUCCAACUCCUCCACAUGAAUCAAAACACCAUACCUGAAUCCGUCCGAGAAUUCUUUCUCGAAGAGAGAUAUGUUUUUGUAGGAAUCGAUGCAGCGAAAACGAUCGCGAAUCUCGAGAGCGAGUUAGGGUUUAGGAUCGGUAAGAAGAUCGAUGUUAGAGAUUUGGUAAAGCUGAAUUUUCCGUGCAGUUACAGUGGGAGACCUGGUCUGAAGGCUCUUGCUCGUGGGUUGGUGGGUUUUGGUUCGUGGAAGCCGAGGAAUCUUUGUCCGAGAGACAUGGAAGCCGAGGUUCUUGACGAAGAAGUUGUCAAGUUCUUGUGUUUUGAUGCUUACGUUGUUCAUGCAAUUGGGUCUAAGAUGCUCGUUAGAAAUGCUGUUUAG